AAGUAGUCCCGUCCGCAUGCGGAAGGAUACACCUGCCGGUGUCUCGUGAGGCUUUCUGCUGAAAUAUAAACUAGCUUUUCCCGAAAAGGAAACCGGCAUUUUCCUCGCCUUUGUCAGCAGAGAUAAAAAAGUUGUGACCGUUGACAUUUGCUAUACAGUUCAUUGUCGGUUUAUUUUACGACAUGCCUGGAUUUUCCGACAGAGAUCGAGGCCGAGACAGAAGCUAUGGAGGUGCACCUCGCUUUGGCGGUAGCCGCUGUGGUCCCCCUCCGGGGAAGUUUGGCAACCCGGGUGAAAGGCUACGCAAGAAACACUGGAAUCUGGACGAGCUUCCAAAAUUUGAGAAAAAUUUUUAUAAGGAGCAUCCCGACGUCGCGCGGCGGACAGCGCAAGAGGUUGAGCAAUACAGGAGAAGCAAAGAAGUUACGGUUAAGGGCAGAGACUGUCCGAACCCCAUAAUGAAGUUCCAUGAGGCCAAUUUUCCCAAUUAUGUCAUGGAUGUGAUUACCAAGCAAAACUUUACAGAACCCACCCCCAUUCAAGCCCAGGGCUGGCCCUUGGCCUUGAGUGGAAAGGACAUGGUUGGUAUUGCACAGACUGGAUCUGGAAAAACACUUUCGUAUCUCCUACCAGCAAUUGUGCAUAUUAAUCACCAGCCAUUCCUGGAGCCUGGUGAUGGCCCAAUUUGCUUGGUGCUUGCCCCUACCCGUGAGCUGGCGCAGCAGGUACAGCAAGUUGCUGCUGAGUACGGACGAGCAUCUCGCUUGAAGUCCACUUGCAUUUAUGGAGGAGCGCCCAAAGGACCACAGAUCCGAGACCUCGAAAGAGGUGUUGAGAUCUGCAUUGCAACGCCUGGAAGGCUUAUCGAUUUCCUUGAAGCUGGGAAGACAAAUUUACGCCGAUGCACUUACCUGGUCCUCGAUGAAGCUGACCGAAUGCUUGACAUGGGCUUUGAGCCACAGAUCCGAAAAAUCGUGGACCAGAUCAGACCUGACAGGCAGACGCUCAUGUGGAGUGCCACAUGGCCCAAGGAGGUACGCCAGUUGGCUGAGGACUUCCUGAAGGAGUAUGUGCAGAUUAAUGUGGGGGCUCUGCAGCUGAGUGCCAACCACAACAUCCUUCAGAUUGUGGACGUGUGCAACGAUGGCGAGAAGGACGACAAGCUCCUUCGGCUGCUUGAAGAAAUCAUGAGUGAAAAGGAAAACAAGACCAUUAUCUUUGUUGAGACGAAGAGACGUUGCGAUGAUCUAACGAGGAGAAUGAGAAGAGAUGGUUGGCCAGCAAUGGGUAUCCAUGGAGAUAAGAGUCAACAGGAGAGAGACUGGGUUCUGAAUGAAUUCAAGUUUGGGAAGGCACCCAUACUCAUUGCAACAGAUGUAGCCUCCAGAGGUUUAGAUGUGGAAGAUGUGAAAUUUGUCAUCAAUUAUGACUACCCUAACUCCUCUGAGGACUAUAUCCACCGCAUUGGAAGAACUGCCCGUAGUCAAAAAACGGGCACGGCCUACACCUUCUUUACGCCUGGCAACAUGAAACAGGCAAACGACCUCAUCUCUGUGCUUCGUGAAGCCAAUCAGGCUAUCAACCCUAAGCUCAUCCAAAUGGCAGAAGACAGAGGAGGUCGUUCAAGGGGGGGACGAGGUACUUAUAAGGAUGACCGCCGUGAUAGGUAUUCCGGUGGCAGGCGAGAUUUUGGUGGCUUUAGGGAUAAAGAUAAUGACAGGAGUUUUGGCACAAAGAUCCAGAAUGGAACCUAUGGAGCAGGUAGUUAUGACACUACUACCACCACCUCCACCAGCAGCAGUGGUUUUGGAAAUGGUUAUGUUAAUAAUGGACAGUCCAACUUUGGUACUGCACCCUCUGCUGGUGGGUUUGGUAAUCCAAACUUCCAGAACCAGCAGUUUGGAGGAAAUCAGGGGCCGGCCCAGAACGGCAUAAGCCACCCACCGUUUCCAUACAACCCGCAGCAGCCGCCACCACCCAUGGUACCAUAUCCUAUGCCCCCAGCUUUUCCACAGUAAAAAUGCACUAGACCUAUAGUGAUAAAUUAUUUUAAGUACAGUUAUUUCACUGUAUUUCUUUUCCACAACAGGGUUGAAAUGACUCUGAACUUGAAACCGUUCCCAUUGGUGUCUGAGUUAAUCAUAACUUUUUUUUCUUGUAGGUAAUGCAAAUCAUUUGAAUGUGUAUAAGUUAUGUUACUCUUUAAAGAAGGCAGUGCAUGGCUUGUCAAGUUGAAUAAAAGACAAAAAAUACGA